GUAUAUUUGAAUUCUUUGGAGCUCAACAUAUCCACUGAAGCGACAAGUGCUACCAUCGUUCACCCCUCCACGCAGUCUCCAUAUGAGGGUUGGUUGCUCUCGCUCCCAAUCCUGCUUCUUCCUCACCGCCUCAGAUUGAGCUCCUCUUUUCAUCUCGCGCGUUCGGGUUCUGGCUCCUUCCUCAUUGUGGUUACGACUGGGGGCACUGUUGUCGCCACUGUUGACCCCGUCAUCCUCAUUCCCGUGGUCGCCCUCAAUGCUAUAUCACCCAACCGUAUUCGCCCGCGCAGCUCUAUGCUACAUCUUCCGAGGAUCAGGUGCCGCACACGCAGACCCAACGGAAGUGCCACCCCAAUUUACCAGCGCCACUGGCAUGUCUCUGGGCAAUAAUCGAGGAAUGGUCUUGCAGAGCACGAGGAUAACCGAAGGGGAUAGGAACGGAGCGUGUGAGAGAGCUUUCCUCCUCCAGAUCAUUGAAUGAACUCAUACUGAAGAAGGACCUCCCUAAUCUCAAGAAGGUCUGACGUCUGGCGUGUCUUCACCAAAGCCAUCAGUUGCUGCGACGCCGCAUUGCCCAGGAAUAUCAACUAGCUACAAGCGCGGACUCGCUCACGUUAGUGCGGUCACGCGGAACGCCGAAGAGUUGCCAUAGCGAGAGGAGCGCUGGUCUGUUCAAAACAUUAUAAGUUGUCCCACUUUAAUUUGCAGCGUCGUCAUUGCAUGACACCGAAGCAAAUCAUUCCUUCCGCGCCCGAUAUUGUUCCGAUAUCUUUACGGCAGGGAUUACUCAUGGUAUAUUAACACAGCCUCAAACAGAUGCAAAAUGCUUUCCUCUUGGAAGCCAUAUCGGGAACAAUAUUCCCGACAACAUUGUCAUUUCUUGAGAUUACUAGGAAACGCACCCCGUUGCAAAUGGUGGCAACCAUCCAUGUACAAUAAGUGAGAAACAAUCAUGAUGGUUGGCGGGAGGAUCUUAAUUCCCCAGUGAGCCCCAGCGUAUGUGGGCUGUGGAGGUUGUACCGCAUGACGAGUCAUGUUGAGUUGGUGCACGGCCGCUACUCAACCAGCCAUCUCCGCUCCAACGCGAAAUGUUUGGGGCGCAUCAACGAAAUCCGAUGCGGUACCCACUCCUUCACUCGGGCAAGGGCUGAUAGCAGUCGCAAGUGGUCCGACGCCGACCAAGCACUGUUUACCUCGUUGCGAUCAAAGGGCCGAUAAUCUAGUGUAAGGCCUGACGUAUAAAAUGAAGACCCACGAUGGACCUCCGCUUUCAGCCAACCAUCCAAAGUGCAGGUCCACUUGGUUUCGCUUCGACGUCACUUCUCUCCUCCAAGUUCACAACCGCCUGCUGGUCGGGUUUUCGAUGCAAGUAACGCACACCCCUUUCCUUACGCCUACUCCUACUUCAGUCAUAAACGACAUCGAAACUUUCUAGAAGGCACCAAGAUGCAGAUCACCCGCACGCUCGUUCUCGCUACCCUCGCUGUUGGCAUUGCAGCUCGUCCCGUCGAGCUCGAGACACGGGACCCGCAGGGCUCCGGCAAGGCGGUCAACUCUCAGAAGCCGGGGCUAUACGAUGUCUUCCACACCUAUUCCCAAGAGAUGAAGGCGAUGUACAUUGCGAAGAAAGGGGACGCGGAAGGUGCAGGCCGUGCACCUCGUCAGGAACGUCGUGCUGCGUACAAACAUCAUGCUGCGGCUGAGGCCAUGAAGAAAGCAGUCGGUGGCCGGAGCCUGGAGGAGUUGAACUAAGACUAUUUAUUCUAUGUAGUACCUUGCAUUCGUAGCGAAUUCUGUAAAUCAUGCU